AUGAAUUAUCUGAAAAAUAUCGACAAUUUUGAUAACAUAGCUCUAGUACUUUAUCAAAAAGAUGAUCUUAGACUAGAGCAGUGGCCACUUGAAGAUAGUUUGAAAUCAAACGAAUGCUUACUUCAGGCUCAUAGUUGUGGUAUUUGUGGCACUGAUCUAACUCUAUGGAAAAAAGGAUUUGUCGCUGAUUUUGUGGUAAAGAAUCCAUACGUUUUAGGUCACGAGCCGUCAGCCGUGGUUAUAGCUGUUGGCAAUGAUGUGACUCAUCUAAAACCCGGCGAUAGAGUUGCAGUCGAGCCGGCGAUUCCUUGUCUUGAGUGCGAGUUUUGUCGCAGCGGUCGAUAUAAUUUGUGUCCCAUUUCUAACCAACAAUCGCAUGGUUUACCACCAGCUGAUGGAUGUCUUCGAAGAUAUUAUGUACACAGAGCUGACUUUUGCUAUAAACUCCCCGAAAAUGUGUCUCUAGAAGAAGGGGCUAUUGUUGAAGCCUUGGCAGUUGUGGUGCACGCAUGUCGUCGGGUAAAUGUGGGUAUCGGUCAUAAUGUAGUUGUAUGCGGUGCCGGACCCGUCGGUAUAAUGAGCGCUCUGUGCGCCAAAGCAUUUGGUGCUAAUAAGGUGUUAAUCACUGAUAUCGACAAAAGUCGUCUGGAUUUGGCCAAAGAGUUGGGUAUCGAUGAAGUUAUUCACAUUGAUAUCAAUAAUUUUAAUGACAAACAAGUGGCACAAACUAUCAAAGAACAGAUGUCUAGCGAUGCUUUGGGAGCGGAUGUCACCAUUGAGUGCACGGGAGUGGAGUCAUCGGUCUGUUUGGCUAUAUAUGCGACUAAAAGUGGUGGUAAAGUAGGAAUUGUAGGAUUGGGUGGUAAUCCCAGAAUCCCUUUGAGUUGCGCUGCUAUGAGGGAAGUGGAUCUCAUCGGUGUUUGUCGUAUUAAAGACGAUUAUCAAUUGGCUAUUAAGUUGAUAUCAAGUGGCAAAUUGAAUGUCAAACCAUUAAUUACACACAAGUUUCGUAUCGAAGAGGCUAUCGAUGCGUUCAAUUUGCUGAAGAGUGGACAACAAGGAGUGCUUAAAGUAUUGAUUCAAUAUUGA